AAUUAUGUAGCUCACACAAUGGCGCAUUUAUCUAACUCUACAGGUUUGGCUCCGGAUCCAUCUAGAGAAUUAUUAGAGUCUUCCAUUUCUGGUUUGAGCAAUAGGAGUUUACGUGUGGCGGAAAAUGUUAGAAAGAAGGGCGAGAUCAACUCGUUUCAGAUUGCGUUGAAUUAUCUUUCAAACGUGCAGGAAGGCACAGUUGUAAGAGGCAAUGAUGAACUCGAAAGGAACUUGGUUGUGGUGGAGACUGUUGCUCUUCGUCAUGGUCUUCCACCAGAUGCUAUCUCAUUGCUUCUGGAUUUGGCACUAAGCCUCCGUGCAGGUGGUGUGACGUGUUUGCGGAUUUUGAAAUUUUUAAUACCAUCUUCAAUAGUACCUCAGGAAGCCAUCAUAAGAGGUGUGUCAUGGCUGUGCGUGGGGAAAAUGACUGUUAAUGCUCAGGUCCUUUUUCUCCGCUGGGUUCUUACUGUUUUCGACCUUAUUGUCUGCAAAGACCAGCUGAGGUCAAUCUAUGGCUUUAUUUUCAGCUUUGUGACUGAAGAAAAUCUGUGUCCUUUCAUUUGCCAUUUGUUGUACCUUUUAACAAUGAAGGAGCAUGUGCAGCCAUACAGAGUGAGAAAACUGGUGGAUAUUCAGGCCAAAAUGGGCAGACAACCCUUCCUCAUGCAGCUGCUUGCUCUGUAUAAAGUCUUUUGGCCAGAGCUGGUAACUCUUUCUGUGCCAUCACAAAUGAGGACUGGCUUCAAGAACUACAAUUCCACCUGGAAAGCAGCUCUGAGUGCUGUCCAGAAGAAGGCCAGGACUGAAGUAACUGCUGAUCUUAGUCUUAGUGUGGAGCUAAAAGGCAAAUCCACUUCCAGAAAAAGGAAACUACAUCAUCUGGAGGUUCCUGGCCUGAGCUCAGCAUUUGAUACUAGUUCUGAGAGGAAAGUCUACCGUUUACAGGAACUGCGAUCUUUCACUCAGCUGCUACAAAACAUUCACAAUAUAGAGUUGCCGGCCCAAAUGGGCUCUUUGCUUGGAUCCUCUUUAGCUCUGCACUACCUGGACUGUGUACAGGAUGAGUCUGCAUUCUUGCGCCUUAACUUCUGGCUAGGACACUCCCUUCAAGAGGAGUUUCUGCUAUGUCCUGAAGAUGGGGGCUUAGAAAGUCUUUCUGAGGCAUCUACAUUUUUGAGUACCAUCCUCUCCUCACAAAAGUUUCUCCAGGAGGGUUUCUUCAGCACAGAGAGUUUUCUCUACAAGUUCCUGAGUGUAUGGGAUGGCUCACUUCUGCGCCCCCAGAUUUUGGAUCUUCUCAGCCACAUCCCCAUGAUGACCAGUAAUUAUCUCAGAAUGUUUGUCUUUGAGCCCCUGGUUCAACUCUACUUCACCUCUAAUGUGUUCUUUAAGUGCAGCGUCAUUGAGUGUCUGAACAGUAUGCUGCUUAAAUGGCUGACCUGGCAUUCUGUGAACCCUCUAGAGGAGUGCCUAGAACUCAGCGUCAACCCCAAUACCACAGUAACUAUGACCUUGUCUAGGUUAAUAGAUACAGUCACAGAGCUUGUGAACUUUGUGGGCUGCCUGGCUACUGAGGGACUGCAUCUAGAGAACUGCCACACCCUGCUCCUAAACCAGACACUCAACUUCUACGAGACGGUGUGUGAUAUGUUGGUAAAGUACGACUUGCCUUUAGUUAUCAUGCCCCCAGCUGGUGUGUUUUAUCCAGCUCUCCUCGCCACAGACUCACUCACUGUGGAUCGAUUGGGGUACAUCAUGUACAGAUACCGGAAAAAUCUGACGUUGGCAAAAAAACAGGAGCAGCAGAAUGAGCAAUCAUUUCACAUAAGCAGAUCAACAUACCAAGAUUUCAAUAAACAACUUGUGGCCAUGGUGAACUGUCUGUGGAACUCCAAAUCGUUCUUGCCUGGCACAACCAAUGAGAUUGACGAGCACCUGCUUAUCCAGAGUAAGGUACCCAAGUACAGGAGCCGCUUCGAUCUUGUUCACCAUCCAGCCUUCUUCAAGUAUGCCAUCGAGUUUCACCAAAAGUGCUGGCCAGAGAGGAUGUGUGUGGACCUGGCUGACAUAAAGGUUGGAAGGUACUGGAGCUGGUAUAUGGAGUUUCUUUUCUGCCAGGGCUUUGAUGGCCUAAAUGAUUUCAUCCAGGUCAACACAGGACAGAGCAGCUCCUCCAGCUCUAAUUAGCUGGACCACCAGUGGCUUUGAGAAUCAUGCCUUACCUGUGCGCUGCACAGACAAUAAUUCUUUGUUUGAAAGGUCGUGUACAUAUUUGUUUUCUAGACAGACUUUUUUGAUAGGCUUUUGUGGAGGAAACCACAGUGGAACGGUGUAUAAAUGUGUAUAUAAUUUCUGUUGUGUGGGUCUGAAAGGAGAGUUUAGCUAUAAAGUUUUGCUUUAAUUUGUAAUUUUGCCCUUUGUCCUUUUUGCAGUUUAUAGCUUAUGAUUAAUUUUAUUUCUGCUGUCUAACUUCCAUUGCAGAUGUAUGUUUUAUGUAAUUUCUGAAAGAUUGCAGUGCCUGAAAGCCUAGUCUUUCAUUUGACCACAGGAAGCUCUAAUUUUACCCUGUUUUACCAGUGUAUUUUCAUUUGAACUCUGGUUUAAAUGAUGUAUAAUGGUUAACUUGACUUUAAGUUAACGUUCAUGCAUGCUUUUUUUUUGUACUUCUACAUUUUCUCAUUGAAAAAGUAAUGCUCUGGUACAAGUGUAAAUCUGUAGUUUAAUGAUCAUCAAGCAAAUGCAACUUUCUUUCAUUCCCAUUAAAACCCAUGCACGCAGAAUAACGGAUCUCUGUUUUGAGCUUAAUUAUAAAGAUACCUUGCCAGGACAUACAUUACAGGUUCCUGAAAUGAAUGAACAGAAAAAGUGCAGGUUUGUAAUUGAAAUGCAGUCCUUAGGAUGAGAUAUUGCUGUAUUGUUCAUUUGUCAACUUAAUGCAUUUCACUGCUACUCUGUCAUCUGUUCAUUUACAAUCUUUACAAGUUUUUGAAUAAAUUUUAGAGUUGUGGAAAUUCCAGUGGA